GGGCGUUGGAUUUACCUGUAGCCGCAGGUAAAAUACGGCACGGCGGGGCGAAGGAACGAAUCUUACCGAUCAAAGCUUAGUAUGACCAGAAUCUGAAAGCGCGUGUUGCGCGACAUCGAAAUCGAAACGUUUGACCCAUUUUCAGUCAAUGAAUCAAAACAAAGGUCGCUGAAGUGGAAGUUUUAAGGAGUCAAAGGGAACAUAUUUCACACUCGGCUACUUCCGCGAUCUUGAACGACUAGAAGUUGCGUUCAAAACAAUUGAGGAUUUCAUCCGAGCCUAUGCGGUCCUGAAUGUGGUGAGUUAUGCCUGGCCACAGCACAGGAACACAUCACAAGACACGUCCUCAUAGCUCAAGCCGUUCCAGGGCUGAUGGCUACAGGCAAAACCGCACAUACUCCAGGGACAGCAGCACGAGUCAAGAGACCUGCAAGGAGAACUACAGCGAGCAACCUCGUAGCAUAGACUCGCAGUUCACCCGUAAAACCCAUCCACACUACGCCAAUGGACGAGGCUCGGAAACCCUGGGCUUUAUACCAGGAUCUGCAGACUCUCCUCAGGGCACUCAAGCCUGUGGCUCGUGUGCCUCCCUCGGCUGGAGUGGUUGCAAAGCUCUGCUGUGCUGCAUUCUCACCUGUGGGCUUUAUGGGUCACGCAAACCUUGCUUGCCACCCAAUGAGAGCUCCACUGACAACACUUUAAAACCUGAGCCAGAACCCGGAAAGCCCAAUGGAUUGGCACUGACCAACCCCACGUGUGGUGUAACUUUUGAAUCCAGCAAGCCAAAGCUACCAAGCUCUGGCAGCUUCAGGUAUGGCGACGUCUACCUUGCUGGCAAGAAGGUGGACUACCCUGCCAACUCAGAAGCACAUCCACGACGGACCAGGACAGCGGGGAAGGGUGACAACCAGCGGCCUAUCAGUAAUACCAGUAUCUACUCUCGAGAGGAUUUGGAUCUAGAUGACCUGGAUGAUGGCGGCACUGAUAUCGACUCGCUUAUCACUAAAAAGCUUCUAGAACUUUAUAAAAUGCACCAGAUUGAGCAGCUGGCAAAAUGCACGUCUGAUGUGUCCUUCUCUCGUAAAACCAAUGAGAUCAGCGAUCUGAUCAACAGCAUUGCUCAGGACUACAACUUGGAGGAGCAGGAAGCAGAGUGUCGGCUUGUGCACGGUGUCAUACGCAUCAGCACCCGCAACAAGUCCUCAAAAGGUUACAAAAGCAAAGACUAUAAAUCGCAUGAUGCAAUACAGCAUACUAACGGGAGGAGGGAUGGAACGCUGCCCGACAGUGGGAAUGAGACCAUGACCUUUACCUUUAGUGACGGGGAUCCCGAGGUGCUAGUGUCAGAGUUGACACCGUCGGAUGAGCUUGCCCGAAAUAUGAGAGGCCAAAGCGGGAAAAAUUACUACUCGAGCUCGGCCACAGAUUCAUCGGGGGCUCCGCUAUUGCGCUAACACGCCAGCUGUUCGCUCUCAAUUACUACUGCCUAACUAGUGUUCUUCUACUGUCCUUGUGCUCCUCUUAUAUUUCAGUGAAAGCAGUUAUUAUGCUCAGGACAGUUUGUGUUUGUCUGAAUGCCCGAAGACUGCUGUUGUCCAUUUAGGCACAGUUUUUGUCAUGUUCCUACAGAGUGUAAUGUUCAACAAAGGAGCCUGUUGCAAAAGAAAUGUUGCACUUGAUGGUUCCCUACUACCCUCGCCAGAAGCCAUGCAGAUAGAUAGUUACAUAAUGGACAAGUUUCCUCAACAAAACAUUGGCAUCAAAGGGUAUUUAAGUAUUGGAUCUAAUUAUACUUUCGGAGACAAGUCUGCUGUCGUCCUAAGUGGUGAUGUAUCUAUUAAUAUGCCUGUAUUGAGCACUGAUUAAUAGCAACAAAGAGACUUCAAUCAGUUGCUGUUCAUCGGACUGCUUUGCUCUGUUAGCCCGUCCUUCAAUGUUGCCUUAGAUGAACAACUGUUCUUUGUUUAAACGUUUUAAUGCAAUUUAAUGUUGUUUUGGGACUGUUCACGGUCAGAUGAUACACCCACAUCUGUAUGGUGGAAUUUUUAAAUACCUUGUAUAGAUGUAGUUUUUUGGUAACUUUUUUUAUAUUGAAAUAAAAAGGGAAUUUCCCCUCA